CAUCAGACCCACCCUUCUAUUUCUGCCUAUAAAUACCAAGCCACGCUGAUCACUUGGACAGCAAACGAGCAAAAAAGAGUCAUUUCUGCUUGCAAUACUUAGUAGAGGAGAUAUGGCCCAGAGGACAAUUUCAUUGUGCCUAAUCCUUGGCUUACUAGCCGCGGCAGCACCUGCCAAUGCAACCAGCUUUGAUUUCUAUUACCUCGUCCUAAUGUGGCCUGGAGCAUACUGUGUGGACAGCGAGUACGGAUGUUGCGUGCCCAAGUACGGAUACCCGGCGGAGGAUUUCUUCGUCCAGAGCUUCACGACCUUCGACUUGUCGCUGAACAAAGCCAUCGUGAGAUGCAAUAGCGACAAACCAUUCGACAUUAACAAGCUGGAGCCAAUUGAGAACAACUUGAACCACUACUGGAGCAACAUCCAUUGUCCGCGCACCGACGGGACGAGCACCUGGAAGAGCGAGUGGCGUAGCUACGGCGUCUGCUCGGGCCUCAAGGAGGUGGACUACUUCAGGGCCGCCCUCAACCUCCGCAAGAACGCCGACGUCCUCGGCGCUCUCGCCGAGCAGGGCAUCAACCCGGACUACAGGCUGUACAGCACGGAGCACAUCAAGUGGGCGGUGAACCAGAAGCUUGGAGUGAUGCCUGGGGUGCAGUGCAGGGACGGGCCGUUCGGUAAGAAGCAGCUCUACCAGAUCUACCUCUGCGUCGACAAGAACGGCGAGGCCUUCAUCGACUGUCCCAAGCUGCCUAAACUGCAGUGCCCUGAGGAGGUCCUCUUCCACCCCUUUCACACGUGGAUGCUCAACGCCACAUCGCCUGCCAAGAUCAUGUUGCCAACCGAGGCCUGAGAGCCACCCGCCCGGCCGGUGCCUCACCUGAGUACGUACUACUGUGGCCUGGAGCAUUAUAUCGUGCUUGUUGCUCCAGUGAAUAAAAAUGGAUGGUUGAAUAAAUAAAAGUGUAUACAUGGUUGGGAGUUGCGACUUGUCAUAAGAACAUGACCGUCAAAUCGCUUCUCUACUAGCUACUAUGUAUAUGCGUAUCUAUAAUAUUUGUAAUACGUAAAGUAUAUGAAUGAACAAUUUUAUUAUGUCA